UAUUUUUACUCCAUCUUUUACUACUCUCAACCAAAAAUAUCCAUUUAAAAAACGUUGAUUUCACCUCAACCCUCACUUCUAAGGAACAACAAACAUAACUAAGAUGCACACGUUUUGGAACAACCCUUGCUUAUAAAUGUGAUGAUCAUCAAAAUUUCAUCUUCAAAAGUUGGUCAAAACUCUUACUUUUCUCCCUUUUUUUCCAUCUUUCUUCUGCUUAGAGAGAUUCUGAACAGUCAUGGAUGAGACUUACAAACUUAAUCUUAAUUUAAUCAAAGCACCAUUAAUGUUAAUGGUGGUGUUUUUGUUCUGUUUUAUAUUUACUGAAUCUGCCCCUCAAAGUUCUCUUGUUACACAACUUCCUGGAUUUACUGGCACUUUUCCUUCUAAGCAUUAUUCUGGGUAUGUGACAAUUGAUGAGAGUCAUGGGAAGAAGUUGUUCUAUUACUUUGUUGAGUCAGAGAGAAACCCAUCUCAGGAUCCUGUUGUUCUUUGGCUUAAUGGAGGACCCGGGUGCUCGAGUUUCGAUGGCUUCGUCUAUGAGCAUGGUCCUUUUAAUUUUGAGGCAGCAAAGACAGAAGGAGGCUUGCCAAAGUUGCAUAUUAAUCCUUACAGUUGGUCCAAGGUUUCCAACGUAAUCUACUUGGAUUCUCCAGCAGGAGUUGGAUAUUCUUACUCACGGGACACAAGUGACUAUAGUACUGGUGAUAUCAAGACUGCUACUGAUGCUCAUACAUUCCUGCUUAAGUGGUUCGAUAUAUAUAAAGAGUUUGUCGCGAACCCUUUUUUCAUUGCGGGUGAAUCAUAUGCUGGGAUUUAUGUGCCAACCCUUGCUUCAGAAGUUGUGAAAGGACUUGAUGCUGGUUUGAAACCUGUCAUCAAUUUGAAGGGCUACAUGGUAGGAAAUGGAGUUACAGAUGAAACUUAUGAUGGAAACGCACUCGUUCCUUUUGCUCAUGGGAUGGGUUUGAUCUCAAAUGAACUAUACCAGGAUAUAAUCACUGAAUGUGAAGGAAACUAUUACAAUCCGACCUCUGAUGGUUGUGACCGCUUGCUUACAAAAGUUAAUGAGGAUGUUGAUGGACUGAAUAUAUAUGACAUUCUAGAGCCAUGCUAUCAUUCCCCUGACUCAAGCAAGCAGAGCACUGUUAAUCUAAAAUUACCAUCAAGCUUCAGGACUUUAGGAGGAACUGAACGGCCUCUUCCUGUCAGGAAAAGAAUAUUUGGACGCGCUUGGCCUCUCAGAGCUCCUGUCAGAGACGGGAUUGUUCCUACUUGGCCGGAGAUCUCCAAUAGUGUUGGUGUUCCUUGCAUUAACGAUGAAGUUGCAACUGCAUGGCUGAAUGAGAAGGCAGUGAGAAAAGCAAUUCAUGCUGAAGAGGAAAGUGUGGUGGGUAGCUGGGAAUUAUGCACAAGCAGAAUUUCAUACAAUCAUGACGCUGGAAGCAUGAUUAAGUACCAUAAGAACCUCACUUCUAGGGGCUAUCAAGCCCUCAUAUAUAGCGGAGACCAUGAUAUGUGUGUUCCAUACACCGGGAGUGAGGCAUGGACAAAAUCUAUUGGGUACAAAGUAUUGGAUGAGUGGCGGCCAUGGGUUUGCAAUGAACAAGUUUCCGGGUUUAUACAGGGGUAUGAGAAGAAUUUGACUUAUCUUACUAUAAAGGGGGCAGGACACACGGUACCAGAAUACAAGCCGCGAGAAGCACUGUACUUUUACAGCCAGUUUCUUGCAGGGCAGAAGAUAUGAAAUAUUAGAUUUUAAUGAGGGUGGAAAUUUAUUCGUUUGACUAAUAAACUUCUGUAGGAUACAUUUGAAAAGAAAUACAUAUGAUUUGAUCUCGUUGAGUACA